CGCCUCCCCCAAGCCAGCGCCAUGCUUCGCGCAGCAGUCCUCGCCGCCGCGGUCGCCUCCGCCUCUGCCUUCGCCCCUGCGGCCUUCGCCCCCAUGAAGGCCCGCACUGCGGCCGUCAAGAGCCUCAAGAUGCAGUCUGGUGACUUCUCUGCUGCUGUUCCUUUCCUCAAGCGCCCAUCCAACCUCGAUGGAUCCUACGUUGGUGACGUUGGCUUCGACCCCCUUGGCUUUUCCGAUGUCUUCGAUCUUCGCGUUCUCCGCGAGGCUGAGUUGAAGCACGGACGCUUUGCCAUGCUUGCCGUUCUUGGAUUCAUCGUCCAGGAGCUCUACACCUUCCCCUUCUUCCCCAAGAUGGCUCCCGUUGAUGCCCACGACUACUUCGUCCAGCAGGGCGGAGGAUCCCAGAUCAUCUUCUGGAUCUCCUUUGUCGAGAUCUUCGGUGUUGUUGCUCUCUUCGAGACCCUUCAGGGCAAGCGUGAGCCUGGUGACUUUGCCUUCGAUCCCCUCGGCCUUGCCAAGGACGAGGCCACCCUCGAGAGGUACCGCCUUGCUGAGAUCAAGCACUCCCGCCUUGCCAUGAUCGCCAUCGGAGGAUUCAUCCACCAGUACUGGGUCACCAAGCAGACCGUGCUUGAGCAGCUCGGAAACUUCAAGUCUCUUCAGUAAGGAAUAGUUGUAUUGGAAUCAGCGAGGAUUGCUCAUGAAAAAUUGUGAAAAAUAAAAAAAUUGUUUGUGAA